AUGAACAUCACAGAAGUUUACCAAAGAGAAGUCAGCUAUGGCACCACCAUCUCAGAAAACACCACCACCAGCACAGGAGGGUUCCAGUCGCCCUUCUCUCCAGCCAUGGACAAGGCCAUCAACGGCCUCACCAUCAUCAUCCUCUUCAUCACCAUGAUCUCCCUCGGCUGCACCAUGGAGAUCGCCAAAAUCAAGGCCCACGUCCUCAGGCCUAAAGGGGUCGGAAUCGCUCUGGUGUCUCAGUUUGGCAUCAUGCCUCUCACCGCCUUCAGUCUGGCCAAGGUCUUCCAGCUGGGAGCCAUUGAGGCCGUCACCGUGCUGAUCUGCGGAUGCUGCCCUGGGGGGAACCUCUCCAAUAUAUUUGCCUUGGCUCUGCAAGGGGACAUGAACUUAAGCAUUGUGAUGACCACAUGCUCCACGGUCACGGCUCUGGGCGCGAUGCCCUUUCUCCUCUUUCUGUACUGCCAGGGCUUCUCUGGGCUGGAGAACGCCGUUCCCUAUGCUGGGAUCAUUAUUGCGCUCAUCAUGACUUUAGUACCAUGUGCUAUAGGCAUCGCCAUCAACCACUGGGCACCACGAUACUCACCAUUGAUAAUUAAGGUUGGAAUUAGCAUCUUGCUAAUAGCCUCUGCGGCGAUUGGUGUGAUGGCCGGCAUCACAAUUGGUGGAACGGUGUGGGUGGUACUCUCUCCAAAGCUCAUGGCAGUGGCUUCUCUCAUGCCUCUCAUUGGCUACCUGCUCGGGUACAUCCUGUCAACUGUCUUCAAACAGAACGGCCAGUGCAAGAGGACCAUUGCAGUGGAGACCGGCUGUCAAAACAUCCAGCUGUGCUCCACCAUUCUGAAAGUGGCUUUUCGUCCCGAGGACAUUGGACCCCUGUAUCUCUUUCCACUAAUUUACAUAAUAUUUCAGGGUGGUGAGGCUCUGCUCUUCAUCAUCAUCUUCAGAUGGUACCAAAGGUGUAAACCCACAACCGAAGAAGCAGAGAAAAGCAUUUACCUGGCUGUUGACAAACUGGAAGAGGCUAAAGUUCCCUAACCAGAGACUUGAUCUGCACAGUCCAAUCAGCUGGAAGGAUUACGCUUCUGACCAAUAAAUCUGACCAAAAACAAGAGAAACAAAGCAAUGAUUAACAGACGUCAAAAUAUGCACUAAAUGUGUGAGACAAAUGUGUAAUCGACUUUUUGUAAUGAACUCUGUGCUGACUAAAGAGUUUUAUACAUUUCCCCAUUCCUUCUGAACACAGGGCAUUCCACACCUUUUCUUUAAUCUUUCCAAAAAAAAAGUGGAAUAUUGCUGGAAUACUGAAAUGUGAUAUUUAAGGACAAAGAUAUUUUGUAUAUAACAAUGUAAGCUCUAGAGGUGCAAAUCAGCUGUACAGAUUAAUUUUUUAUCAUUUCAUCUGUAUGUGUCUUAAAACAAUAGUUUGAAGAGAAAAAAGCAAAGUAGUAUUAUUUAAUUAAUACAUUAAUUGAUUAAUUGAUUAAUUCAUUUUAAACCACUUAUUGUAGAUAAACCUUAUUUAAACUUUUAACUUAUAAUUAAAAACUACCAUACUUAAAUACCA